UUUGCUGCUCGUUGCUAACAACCUGCUGCCUGCAACUUCGUCUGUCCACCAUCCACCCAUGCAUUAACGGGUGCCAGGUGUUUAUGGGAUGUGUGUGAGGAUGAAUGCGUGUCUCUGAGGUUCAGCUCCGUGCUGCUGCAUGCUGCUCCGCGUCUCUCUCUCUUUCUGACGCUUGGGGUUGCAGUCUGGCCUCCAGCCGCGGCUGCGAUUUAACUUCAUUUCUCAGCGUCGGCUUGCUCUCAAAUCAUGUUUAUUUUUAUAAAGAUGGCGGCGAGGGGCACACUGUAAACUAAAUGACUGUCAGAAACAUCGCCUCCAUUUGUAAUAUGGGCACCAAUGCCUCUGCUCUGGAGAAAGACAUCGGCCCAGAGCAGUUCCCAAUCAAUGAACACUACUUCGGAUUGGUCAAUUUUGGAAACACAUGUUACUGUAACUCGGUGCUACAGGCUCUCUACUUCUGCCGGCCUUUCCGGGAGAACGUGCUGUCUUACAAAGCCCAGCAGAAGAAGAAGGAGAACCUGCUCACAUGCCUGGCUGACCUCUUCCACUCUAUUGCCACGCAGAAGAAGAAAGUGGGCGUCAUCCCGCCCAAGAAGUUCAUCUCCCGCCUACGGAAAGAGAACGAUCUGUUUGAUAACUACAUGCAACAGGAUGCCCACGAAUUCCUCAACUACCUGCUGAACACCGUGGCCGACAUACUGCAAGAGGAGAAGAAGCAGGAGAAGCAGAACGGGCGCCUCAAGAACAACGGGACCCCCGUCACCACAGAGACAAACACGGAGAACAAGACGGAGCCCACGUGGGUUCACGAUAUCUUCCAGGGCACGCUGACCAAUGAGACGCGCUGCCUCAACUGUGAAACGGUGAGCAGCAAAGAUGAAGAUUUUCUGGAUCUUUCUGUGGAUGUGGAGCAGAACACAUCCAUAACACACUGUCUCAGGGACUUCAGUAACACAGAGACUUUGUGCAGUGAAUACAAAUACUACUGUGAGGCAUGCUGCAGCAAGCAGGAAGCACAGAAGCGGAUGCGUGUGAAGAAGCUUCCUAUGAUCCUAGCCCUGCACCUGAAGAGGUUUAAGUACAUGGAGCAGCUGCACCGCUACACCAAGCUGUCCUAUCGAGUAGUUUUCCCCCUAGAGCUCCGUCUGUUCAAUACAUCGGGGGAUGCGGUUAACCUGGAUCGCAUGUACGAUCUAGUGGCUGUGGUGGUUCACUGUGGCAGUGGUCCAAACAGAGGUCAUUACAUCACCAUAGUGAAGAGUCAUGGCUUCUGGCUGCUGUUUGACGAUGACAUUGUGGAGAAAAUUGAUGCCCAGGCCAUUGAAGAGUUUUACGGGCUUACCUCAGACAUCUCCAAGAACUCAGAGUCGGGAUAUAUCCUCUUCUACCAGUCCAGAGAGUGACUGGAGCUGCAUCAGUGACACAGGAGAGACUAAAUAGGAUUUUUUUUAACCUUUAGCCUAACGGACUCAGACUCCCACCAUCUCCAAGUCUGACCUCUCUGAUGUACGGGCCAAUCCUCUGUCCCACCCCCAUCCUCUGGGUUUUACUGCACUUCAUCCUUCUCUCUUUCUCCCUGUCAUUUGCUUCUUGCCUUUUAGUCACCUGCAUCUGGACUGCACUUUAAAACCAAAGCAAAAAUGCUUAACAGCACGACGGAAACAAAAUGGAUUCUACGUCCACAUUGAGCUCCAGAUGCUCAGUGAAGAUCUGCAAAGGUGAUUCUUCAUCAGGAACAUGAUGGGGUGAAGGGUCAGGCUGUCAAAAAUGGUGCUAUAUCAUUUCUAUGUAUAUAAGGUCUUCAUGUGUCCCCCACACACUGCUAUUCCUUUAAUAUGGGCUAUUUUUCCCAUCACUGUCUAGUUCUUCGUUUAGCUUUAUGUCCAUGGUUGAUGCAUGUAAAGAGAAUGAAGUUGGAGACAAACACUGUUUAAUGCUCAUGGAGAGGUUUCGAUAGAGACUUGGCUUGGCAACUGGAAGGUCACCAGUUCAAGUCCCGGCAAGACCAAGUGCUACCGAGGUGUCCCUGAGCAAGGCACCGUUCCCCACACUGCUCCCCGGGCGCCGUUCAAAAUGGCAGCCCACUGCUCCUAACACUAGGAUGGGUCAAAUGCAGAGAAACAAUUUCCCCACGAGGGAUUAAUAAAAGUCCAUCUUAUCUUAUCUUCAUGCAUUAUUAAUGGCUUUGAAGAAAUAUCUGAGCAUUAAUUAGAUAGAACUCAAAAGCUAAACUUCAGGUGUAAAUGCUGAUAAUGAAGAGGCCCAAUAUAGAAUCACUAUUCCUGCUGUUGCAACUCCACAAUUAACAUAACAUUCACCUGAGCCUAAUCCUCCUACACUACACAAGGAAGGAAAUCUGUUUCUCUGUCUGACUGGUCCACAUUGAAGUCAGCUGAAUCUUUAUAAUUUGUAUUCUGAACAAAAAGUCAUAUUUAUUCUACUUUUACUUAUUUAUUACUGUUAUUUGUAAUGCAGAAAGGUAGUUAAUGAAGGUAUCUGUGUAAUAUUGCUCCUCUGAGAGCUUUUUAUGUUAAGACCCUUAGUCUAAACUCUCAAUUUGAAGGACAUGGUGUAUGUAAGACACAACUUCUAUAGGACUGCACCAAAAACAAUUUGGGUUCAAGGUUCUUUAUUGUCAAACUAACAUAGCUACAGAGUAAUUAUGUCGUUGAAAAUCUUAGGUCACAGGCUUCUCCACCAAUGCAACACAAUAAUACAGAUAAGCAGACCAUAUUAAAAUAUACUAUAUUAAAAGUAAUACAAACAUUUUAGUGAGAAAAAAAAAAGUGGAAUAGUGCAAUACGAGUAUAUACAAGUUAUUGGAAUGAUAUAUUAAAUAAUAGAUACAUCAUUACUAAGUAGCAGAUGAAUGGUGGUUUCAUCAGUUUGCAUGGUAAAUAAAAAAUAUGAGACGUAUAAGGUGAGAAACAACCCAGAACUGCCCAAUCUUUUGAUUGACAGGAAAUAUUGAAAACAGUGCAAUAAGAGGUGAGGUUACCCAAUGUGGAAGUUCCCAGUGAAACUGAUAUUAAUGAAAUGUUAGUAGUAGAUGUUUCUUAGCUGCUGAUUAUUUUCCAGUGCUGUGUUUAUGUGCUUUUUGAUAUCAAAGUAAAUUCGCCCCUUCACCACGUGAAAUGCACACUACCUGCAGGGAUGUUCUUUCAUCCCUUUGUUUUUGUAUUCUUCUUCAAAAAUGUCUAAUUUUCUCUUUUCAUGUCACAUGUUGAACUACAGCUUAGUAGUUCUGUCUUGGUUGGUCUCUGACUUAUUGUGUCUGCCAUGUGUAGCACAUUUUAAUCCUAAACUACAUAGAAGUCAAAUUCAAUAGUGUUGAUUCAUAUGAUAUCCUUUGUAUUGUCGAUGUUUUUUCUCAGUGGCCCAGGGUUUAUGGCCAUACCCUGUAGUGACAUCAAACAACUUGUUUUCAUAUGAAUUACAUUCCUAUUUGCUGCACAUAAGCAGAAUUACCAUUUCACAUCCAUAUCAUUUUAAAUUAGAGUUAGGAAAUGAUUCAUUUGCUAGUUUAGUGUCCGUCUGUUCAGGUGAGCCAGAAUUUAAAGUGAAAAUGGUGAAACUGGGUGUUGAAUGCACUUGUUUCUUCUGUCUCUUCCAUUUAGUCUGUUUUUGGGUGAUAUCACAAACAUGUGCCAAACUGGAGUCGAUACUGACCUUGCAGUCUUUAACAAAGCAUUAUUUUCUUUGUAAAGAUACAACUGUACAUAUAUAUUAUGUAGAAAAUACUUCUGGAAAUAAGAAAAUAUUUUUUUAAAGUGAAGAUCUUAAAAUGUAAAGACACUCUAGAUUUAAGCUUGACGCUGGCCAUCAUUGAAACACUGUUAGGAACUACUGUGCUAUUUUACAAUCACUCGAUUGCAUAAUCAUAUUUGUGAAGAAGUCACCUUUCUUAUUAUUACUUUUUCUUGGUUGAACUGAGCCCAGAUAGGAAAUAGUAGCAGGUAUAGUCUUGACACAUUUUUAGACCCGGGUGAGAGGAAAGAGAAUGGCUGAUCUUCCAUUAACACUUAUGCACUCGUCCUCACUGAGACGCUCAGUCAUUGCACUUGGUCUGAUAUAUUUGACUGUGGUAGUGUUCUGCCGAGGAGAGCUCUGGCGCAGAGAGUCCUGCAUCAGGUGGGAUAUGAUUGAGCUCAUGGGAAGGGAAAGAGGAUAUUAAUUGGAGUCUCCAUUUGGUUGUAAACUGAAAGUGCACUUUAUUAGCGAUGAACUACAAUGCUUUAACAUGAAACACAUUUUAACACAAUCGUUUUGUUUUUUCUUCUGUUCAAUAAAAUAACUCAAAUGAC